AUGGACACCCAAAAAGGUGCUGUCGAAGAACUUGACGCUCUCAUUGUGGGCGCUGGCUUUGGUGGGGUCUAUCAGCUUCGGCGCCUGCGUCAGGAAGGAUACAAGACGAAGUUGGUUGACACUGCAACUGAUUACGGAGGAGUAUGGCAUUGGAAUCGGUAUCCUGGAGCGCGAGUGGACAGCACCAUUCCUCACUACGAGUUCUCAGAUCCGGAACUCUGGCGUUCGUGGUCUUGGACUCAGAGGUUUCCAGGCUCGGCAGAACUCCGCGAGUAUUUCAGUUUCGUUGCCGAUAAAUGGGACUUGCGCAAGGACACCUACUUCAACACACGUGUCACGGCUGCAGAAUGGAACGAAGAAGCAGGGAACUGGUUGGUGACUACUGCCGGCGGAAAGCAAUUUCGGGCCAAGUACUUUCUGUUGAACACAGGCUUCGCAGCCAAACGACACAUUCCAGAUUGGAAAGGCAUUGACAAGUUCCGAGGCACUUGGGUCCAUCCGUCAUACUGGCCAAAGGAUGAACCCGACCUCAAAGGAAAAAGAGUCGCCGUCAUUGGAACUGGUUCGACAGGUAUCCAACUUUGUCAAGAACUCAGCCAGGUGGCUGGUGAAUUCGUCCUCUUCCAACGAACUCCAAAUCUGGCUCUGCCCAUGAAACAGGUUGAAUACGUCGGCGACGAGCAAGCUUUUUCAAAAGAAAAAUAUACCAAGCUGUUUGCCGAGAGAUCUCAGAGCUGGUGGCUUUUCGUUCAGCUUUCUUCCUCGGGCCACUUUCGACGAUACACCGGAGCAAAGGCGAGCGACUUUCCAGCAACUGUGGGAUGA